CGCCGCAGCAGCCGCCACGCCCACUCGACACCAGUCAUCACGCACGCCUCGCUCCCCGACGACGACCUCCUCCUCCUCCGCCGCCGCCGCCUCGGCUCCCCUCCGAUUCACCGCGAUGUCGGCGGCGAUCUCCGGCGCCAGCCUCGUCCUCUCCUCGCCCCCCGCGCCCGGGGCCCGGCCCCAGCCGCGCCCCGCGCGGGUGUCGGUCGCCGCCGCCGCGCCCGCCGCGCGACGCGGGGUCGUUGCCGCCGCAGCGGUGUCGAGCCCCGCCGUGUCGUCCUCUGCUGGUAAAGAUGCCAAACAGAUUCCUAAGGACUUUCUUCAUAUUGAUGAUUUCGACAAGGAUACAAUCAUGAAGAUCCUUAAUCGGGCUAUUGAGGUCAAGGCAAUGAUAAAGUCAGGAGACAGGAGCUUCCAACCUUUCAAAGGGAAAUCAAUGGCAAUGAUAUUUGCCAAGCCGUCAAUGAGAACCCGUGUUUCAUUUGAGACAGGAUUCUUUUUGCUUGGUGGCCAUGCUAUCUACCUGGGUCCUGAUGAUAUCCAGAUGGGCAAGCGUGAAGAGACCCGUGAUGUUGCUCGUGUGCUUUCUGGAUAUAAUGACAUCAUUAUGGCCAGGGUUUUUGCUCACCAAGACAUUUUGGACUUGGCAAAGUAUGCAGCUGUACCUGUCAUAAAUGGCCUUACGGACUACAACCAUCCAUGCCAGAUAAUGGCUGAUGCACUUACUAUGCUCGAACACAUUGGUCGUAUUGAAAACACUAAGGUUGUCUAUGUUGGAGACGGGAACAAUAUUGUCCACUCAUGGCUUCGAUUGGCUGCUUUAUUUCCUUUACAUUUUGUAUGUGCCUGUCCUAAGGGCUUCGAGCCAGAUGCAAAGACUGUGGAGAUAGCCAGGAGUGCUGGUAGUAAGAUUGAAAUAACAGAUGACCCUAUGGAAGCAGUUAAGGGAGCAGAUGUUGUGUAUACAGAUGUCUGGGCCAGCAUGGGCCAAAAGGAGGAAGCUGAAUAUAGAAAAAAAGUGUUCCAAGGAUUCACGGUGGAUGAAGCUAUGAUGGAGAUGGCUGGGCCAAAUGCCUUCCUUAUGCAUUGUUUGCCUGCAGAGAGAGGGAUAGAGGUAACAGACGGCGCCAUUGAAGCUCCCAACUCAAUCGUAUUCCCCCAGGCUGAGAACAGAAUGCACGCCCAGAAUGCUAUCAUGCUUCACGUCCUUGGUGCUUAGACCUACAGUCGUGUACCAGUUAAAUGAAUAUUGAUAUCUGAAUGGCGAUAUCAUUUCGGUUUUCGCAGUUUCUCCCUGGGGGCAGGAGGGUAGAGAUUUUGGAGAAGUUCACUAUGUUCAGAUGCUUUGGAUUGUCUGAUAAUACUAUUUUGUACUUUUCGUGGUAGCUGCUUGUACUGUACCAGGUCGGUAAAUCCUGAAUAAAUGGCGCACCUUUAUAAUCCAUUUCCAAACUGUGUUAAUUUUA